UUGUUUGUGUUAUGCUAUUCCUGUAUUUAUAAUGAAAGCCUUUCCUGAUACGAAAUAUAGUGAUCUAUGGUUAUCUCAAGUGGAAGGAAAUGAAGCUCUUGAUUAUUUCCGCAGUGCCCUUUACAUAGUUUUAGAUAAUUUUACCGGAAGUGGACAUGGUGUAAUAGAGCCAAAAUCUGAAACGUAUCUAAUAAUUUCUACAAUUUUAAUGAUAAUUGGAAGACUGUUUGAGUGCUAUGUAAUAGAUGAGCUUUGUGAUGAAAUUAAUUUGCAUUCUUGUCGACGGCUUAUUGAAAAUGUGACUAUAUUCCAUAAUCUUCCAAAAAAAAUGUUGACAUUAAUUGCUGCUGUUUUAAAACCUGAGAUACAUUUAAAAAGUGAUGUCAUUGUGAAGGCUGGGACUCGUGGUGACUGUAUGUACAUCCUUGCACGAGGCACGGUUGCUGUUUUAACUCCCGCUGGAAAAGAGAUUUGUCAUUUGGAAGAUGGUGCUCAUUUUGGAGAAAUAGCUCUAUUAGUCCAAGAUCAAAAGAGAGUCGCAAGUGUUAUUGCAGUCGAUGUAUGUGAAGUAUAUCGUUUAGAUAGAACCGAUUUUCGAAAAGUGAUUGCCAUCCAUAGCGAGUUAUUUGCUAAAAUUGAGAGAAUAGCUACAGAAAGAAUAGAGAGAACAAUGCUAAUUGAAGAGCAGCAUAAACGCUUUUUAAUGGAAUCAAUUAAUGUUCCUUCUAAUUCUAAAGAAGCACUAUCUAAAAAUGUAAGGUUUAACUUUAACUAAAAUUAGUUUCAACAAUUUUUAUAGUUUCAAUCAUAUAUAUAUUUAAGGACCUUAAAUAUUAUUAUUGUCCAUACAAUAUUCGUAUUAUGGCAUUCGUCGAUAUCUAAACUCUUGUUCUUAAAAUCGUAUAUAAUCCGUAUAUAUAUAUUCUUAUUUCUAAAAAAUACUUACAGUUACAAUUACAUUUCCUAGUGCGUCAGUUUUGCACGUUUAACAGUGACUUACUAAAGAUACGAUUUUUCUUAAUUAUUGCUAUUUUUUAUAAAAAUUUAUGACACGAGACAAAAUUUUAAAAUAUUGUAUUCCACAGUACCGACGGUUAGAAAAGAAAUAUUUCACUAGUCUAAGAGAUGCCUAAAAUAUUUGUAUAAUUUUACCUAAUAAUAAAACCAAGUCUUUCUGUCUGCUACGCAGAUUUGUUCAUUCAUAUAAUGGUGUUAUGUAUUUCUUCUAUUAUAAUUGAUAUAAUGUGAAACUAUAACAAAAAUAUUCUAAGCGAGUCACUCAUAAUAUUCAAAAUGAUUCGUUAAUGAUUAAAAAUGUGAAUAAAAUGUGCUGAAAAAUUUCGUCUUUUUAAAUUUUUUAAUCAUUUACACACACAUCUUAGUAUAGAUUUCAUUAAUUACUGAUAUAUGAUAUUCGAUUUCAAGUUUUCACUUCAUAUUUCAUUUCGUAAACGUUAAGCAUUUAUAAUAUGAAUAGCGAUCAAUAUGAGACAAAGAAUUACAUAAGGUUUUUUCACCACAAUUUUAUAAAAACAAUUUACAAAUAUUAUAAAAGUGUGAAUGCUUUUUAAUAUAAAAUUUUAGAUAUGACAGUUUUUAGAUAUAAUUUUAUAUUUACGAAUUUUGAUGUAAAUGUUUUAAGAAAUUGAAUUUGCAGACAUAUCGAUAACUUAAACUCACUUAAGUUUUAAUAAUGUUGAUAAAAUUAGGUACCUUGAAAUGUUUCAACUUUGACAAAAUAUAAAAAUGGACUUUGAUUGCUUAUUUGUUGAUUAUGUACAAUUGACAUAAAGUCUGACACAUUUGAAACGAUAUAGAUAUACAUAUAUAAUAAUCUUUGUUGACAAAAAGAGUGCUCGAAUUUUUAAUAAAAAUACAAAACAUAUUUUAAAACUAAAGUAAAAAUAAGUGUAAUAAGUUUAAACAUAUUUAUCAAAUAGCAUUACAAUUUUUUUCUACCAUCAGUGAAAUUUUAAUUACAAGAGCAUAAAAGGAAUCAUAAAAAAAUUGUCCAUUAAAAUCUUUUCCAUAAGAAUAUUUCUUUUUUCUUUACAAAUUUUUUAUAAAAUUUUAAUUCAACAAUUUCUGUUGAGAAAAUCUUUGAUUCGAACACACUUUAUAAAAACACUUUUACAACAUCUAAUAAGGCACAUGAUUCAUGAUUUAUGUCAAUAACUACAAAUUAUACUAACUUAGAGAAACAAAAACUUUAACGUUGUUAAAACCAGAAUGUCUCAUUUUUAUAGUUUCAUUUUAGACAAAAUAUUCUAAAGAGUUUCUUUUAACACUUUUAAAGUAAGGGUAACGUCUUUUUGAAAAAAGUACGUUUCAUAAAAAGUAAAACACUAAAAUAAUAGUAAAAAAGAGUAAAAAAAAUUUUUAAAGAAAAGAUUUACAGUUCUCGGGAAACAUAACUUAGCGUUAAUGUUACUUGUCUAUUUUUAAUAAAAUAAAUUUUUUCGAUUAAACACUAAAAUUUAAUGAUGCUUUAUAAAAAUUAAGUGAGUAUUUUAAUGUCUUAAAAACCUUUUCAUACUGCUUUUUGUUACAAUUGAUGUCUAUGUAAAAAUUUUUUAAUAUAUUUUUACAUUGUAUUUGAAUUAACAAAAAUAAUACUUAAUUUUCUAUAAGAAUGAUAUGAUUUUGCUUAUCUUUCUAAAAGUUUUAAUAUUUUCUUUUAAUUUCCGACUCUUGAUAAAUAAAACUUUUUUCUAAAUUCCUAAAUUCAAUGUUCAUUUAGUUUAAUAAGUUUCAUUAACAACUAGGAUAUGUAAAAAUAUAUUUAAAUAUUUAGCUAGCUAGAUAUUAUUGAUUUAUUUAAUGGAAAAUAUCCUAUAAAGCAGUAUGAAAAAAAUACGUGAAACAUUAAAAUACUCUCUUAAAGGCUUCUUCUUUGUAAACACUGUGUAUAAAAUACAAACUGUACACUAAAAAACGCUGUGUCUAUUUUGAAAAUGCAACGCUGUGCACCAUUUUAUUCAGGUUUUUAUUUUUGUCUCAGCUAAAUAAAAAAUGUUGCAUUUUCAAGACUUGGCGGACUUAUAAAAUUUUUAUAAGAGAAAUCUAACGUUCUUCUGGUGACAAUUGUUGGAGAUUUAUUCAUAUGAGUAUUUGCAGUAAUUACAAGUAAAUUAAAAUAUAAUUUUAAUUUCAUCAAGUGACAAAGUUUGGAAAUUUUUAUAAAUUACUAGUGUCGCACAGUGGGGUCCAAUGUACUUUUUGUGUCAAAAUCAUUUUAGAGGUCACAAGUUUCAUUUAAAUUAAACCAAAUUUCUUUAAAAAUUUACGUUACUAAAUUCUCCAUAGAUUCCUCGAUGCCGAUUUUUUUAAUUCUUGUUUAUUUGUAUUUAUUUGUUUAAAACAAAGUAUGAAAAAAUCGAUAUGUUGCUAUAAAAUAAUGUUUUUAACAUUUAAAAAAUUUUUAAGUACAUUAGAAACCAUA